GGCCACUGCUGUUUGGCCACAGAUGGUGGUGAUUGAUGCUGAGCCGCCUUUGUCAACGACUAUGCCGUCGCAAGGACUAUUCGGGCCAUGGACGCUGGCGCCGUCUGAUACAACGUUUAUUCAGCGCCAGGUGCAGUCACUUGCUGAGCGUGAGGCGCAAUCCGGUGCCCCUCCUCAGCCUUUACCCCAGACUCAGCCACAGACGACCUCUAGUGUUCCACCUGUCUCACCCCCUCAGCAGCAAACACAGCCUGACGUUCAAGCUCAGCCUCAGCAACAGGCACCUAGCGGCGCGGCGCCAACCCCACAGUCCGGAGGAACGCCUCUGCCCCCACCCCCAUCAUUCAAUUCACUCAACGAUUUCAUUCCCUUCCAGACCAUGGGAAUGGGGCCUGAAGGACCCUGGUUGCAGUGGUCAGGUACCAUCCCCCUCGGCGCCCUCCCAAUCUUCCCCACACCUCGUCCGCACGGUAACGCCAACACAAACACGAAUCCCGGACCGCCUGGCCAGAAUGGCCACCAAUUCCAUGCACCACCGUCAAAGCGCGCGUGGGCGCUGCCACCAGCUCCGGGGCCGACGCUGCGCCAGCGCUUGGAGCAGAGAGAGCGAGAUGCGGGGUGGAGAUGCGACGACGUGUCGUGCGGCGUCGGGCCGUCUGACGAAGAGCUGUUCCCUGCCAUCGCGACGACAGAGAGUGGGCGAAAGCGCGUUUCGCUGCGGCCGUACGUGCCGGUUGGGACAGUGGAGAGCGGGAGGGUAUGCGCACAUCAGUUCCACCCUGCGUGUCUGGUGAGUGCAGAGAGGGUCGCUGGGUGGGGUCAGGAAGAGGAUGAGGAGGCGCGGCGGCGGAGCGAGAGGAGGGAGAGUGUGGCGAGCGGCGAACAUCUGGUCGAGGUCGCGUGCCCUGUGUGCAGAGCCGUGGGGGCCGUGACCAGCACGGAGUGGGACGAGGGCGUGCGUGCAUUAUUGUGAAGGGUCGUUGUCCUUCCUUCUUUAUUGAUUUCUCUCUGUCCACUUUCGCUAUCUCUCUUUCUUUCCCUCUCCCGAAUCCAGUCACCAUUUUGCUCAUCGUGCAUCCCAUCUCAUUUCAUCAUCACGUUUUUAAUGCGUUGUCGUCCAUGCAUCUGCAUUCGCUCGCUAGUACUCAAACUCGGAAUUCAGUCUUUCCACACUAGUCAUUCCUAUCGCCAUCAAGUAGUGAUUGUUCGUAUAUUUGAUUGUGUAGUUUAGAUCUUGUCAAAGUGUAUUCCAUCACUCAU